UUAAUGCGCUGCUGAACUUGUCUUCUUUUCUGAUCAGCUAAUGAGCCCUGACAGCGUUCCCCUGCUGCAGAGGCACAAAUGGGGCGAGCCAACAGAACAAGCAAAUACAUUGAAUAAUACGCCACCCAUCUCUUCUGUGAAUGUUUGUCUCGUCAGACACACUCUGACUUUUAUCCAGUCUGCAAAGGUGUAACCAAACUAAACAGGAGAGUUGGCAUGAUUUACUCAGUCAGUGGAAUACAUUUUUUAGGUUCUUAUGUGAGGAGGAAAAACAGACAGUUGGGGGAAAUAAUUCAGGAGCAGGACAUUUUUACUUCGACCGUGGAAUAAAGCAACUGUUGAAUCUGGAAGACGACAUGGAAAAAGGAAUUUUUAUGUACAUAUUUUUUUUAUUACUCUACUUUGGAAAAGUCCCGAUGAGCAGUCGUUUGUCAAAUCUGGCUUGAAAAAGUUUUGUCUUUUUUUUAAACAUGAAGGAUUUUCUGUAGAUGAGCAGUAUGCAGGUGUUAAUGUGGUAACCAUGGCAAUGAAAAUAAACAGGAAGGGAUCUGAUUGGGCGCUGGAGGGCUGGGAUCCAAACAUACGCCGCCUCAGCUACAAAUGCACCACCCUCAUCAAGGGCGACUAUGUCUGGUUGGACCUGAAGACUGGUCGGGAGUUUGAGGUGCCGAUCGGCGCAGUGGUCAAACUCUGUGACUCCGGACAGAUCCAAGUGGUGGACGAUGAAGGAAAUGAGCACUGGAUCUCCCCCCAAAAUGCCACCAACAUCAAGCCAAUGCAUCCCACCUCCAUCCACGGGGUGGAAGACAUGAUUCGCUUGGGAGACCUCAAUGAAGCUGGUAUCCUCCGUAACCUGCUCAUCAGAUACAGAGAAAAACUCAUAUAUACGUACACAGGCUCCAUCCUUGUGGCUGUCAAUCCUUACCAGCUGCUGCCCAUCUACACGGCUGACCAGAUCCGCCUCUACACCAACAAGAAGAUCGGUGAAAUGCCACCUCAUAUAUUUGCCAUUGCUGACAACUGUUACUUCAACAUGCAGAGGAACAACCGCGACCAGUGCUGUAUCAUCAGUGGUGAAUCUGGAGCAGGAAAAACAGAAAGCACCAAACUGAUCCUUCAGUUUCUGGCGGCCAUCAGUGGUCAACACUCCUGGAUAGAGCAGCAGGUCCUGGAGGCAAACCCUAUACUAGAAGCCUUUGGAAACGCCAAAACGAUCCGCAAUGACAACUCAUCUCGUUUUGGGAAAUACAUUGACAUCCAUUUCAACAAGCGAGGAGCCAUAGAAGGAGCCAAGAUAGAGCAGUACCUGCUGGAGAAAUCCCGAGUCUGUCGACAGGCCUACGAUGAGAGAAACUACCACAUCUUCUACUGUAUGCUGAAGGGAAUGACUGUCGAUGAGAAGAAGAAACUGGGGCUGAGCAAAGCCACGGACUACACCUACCUGACCAUCGGUAACUGUACCGUUUGUGAUGGCCGAAACGAUAUGAAGGAGUACUCCAACAUCCGCUCUGCAAUGAAGGUGCUGAUGUUCACUGACAAGGAGAACUGGGAGAUUUCUAAGCUGCUGGCUGCUAUACUGCACAUGGGAAACCUGAGAUACGAAGCGCGCACCUAUGACAACCUUGAUGCCUGUGAGGUGGUGCGGAGCCCUCAUCUCACUACUUCUGCCACACUAUUAGAGGUGGACGUUAAGGAUCUGAUGAACUGUCUGACCAGCCGAACACUCAUCACCAGAGGAGAGACGGUCUCCACCCCUCUCAGCAUGGAACAAGCUCUGGAUGUACGGGACGCUUUUGUUAAGGGUAUUUACGGUCGCUUGUUUGUGUGGAUCGUGGAAAAGAUCAAUGCAGCCAUUUUUAAGCCUCCGUCAUCUCAGCCCAAAGCGCUCAGACGCUCCAUCGGACUCCUGGACAUCUUUGGCUUUGAAAACUUCACAGUAAACAGCUUCGAGCAGCUGUGCAUAAACUUUGCCAACGAGAACCUGCAGCAGUUCUUCGUGCGUCAUGUGUUCAAGCUGGAGCAGGAGGAGUACAACCUGGAGAACAUCAACUGGCAGCACAUUGAGUUCACAGACAACCAGGACGCUCUGGACAUGAUCGCCAUCAAACCCAUGAACAUCAUCUCACUCAUCGACGAGGAGAGCAAAUUUCCGAAGGGCACAGACACCACCAUGCUCAACAAGCUGAACUUUCAGCAUAAACUCAACACAAACUACAUCCCUCCAAAGAACAACUAUGAGACUCAGUUUGGCAUCCAACACUUUGCUGGAGUGGUUUACUAUGAAACAAGAGGUUUCCUGGAGAAGAACAGGGACACUUUGUAUGGCGACAUCAUUCAGCUGGUUCACUCCUCCAAAAACAAGUUCAUCAAACAAAUCUUCCAGGCUGACGUAGCUAUGUUUCUGUGUGGUUACGCUCCUGUUAGUUCAGCCACAGCUCCCUCCAAGGGAGCAGAAACCAGGAAGCGUUCGCCCACCCUGAGCAGCCAGUUUAAAAGAUCUCUGGAGCUGCUGAUGAGAACUCUGAGCGUCUGUCAGCCGUUCUUCGUCCGCUGCAUCAAACCCAAUGAAUACAAGAAGCCGAUGCUGUUUGACAGGGAGCUGUGUGUGCGUCAGCUGAGGUACUCGGGUAUGAUGGAGACCAUCCGAAUCCGCCGUGCUGGUUAUCCCAUCCGCUACACCUUCGUGGAGUUCGUCGACCGCUACCGGGUGCUCAUGCCUGGAGUCAAACCGGCGUACAAACAGGAGGACCUGAGAGGAACCUGUGAGAGGAUCGCUGAGGCCGUGCUCGGCAGAGACGACGACUGGCAGAUGGGAAAAACCAAGAUCUUCCUCAAGGAUCAUCACGACAUGCUGCUGGAGAUCGAGAGAGACAAGGCCAUCACAGACAAGGUCAUCCUCAUCCAGAAGGUGGUUCGGGGUUUCAAGGACAGAUCCAACUUCCUGAAGUUGAAGAAGUCGGCAGUGCUGAUCCAGAAGACGUGGAGAGGAUAUCAGUGCAGGAAGAACUAUGGAGCUAUGCGAGCUGGCUUUUCUCGUCUUCAAGCUCUGGUUCGUUCCAGGAAGUUGUGCGCAUCGUAUCACGUGGCCCGUCAGCGAAUCACAGCCUUCCAGGGUCGCUGUCGCGGCUUCUUGGUGCGUCGAGCAUUCAGGCACCGGCUGUGGGCCGUCAUCACCAUCCAGGCCUACACGAGAGGAAUGAUCGCUCGACGACUGUACAAGAGGCUGAAGGCAGAGUACCGGAGGAGGCUGGAGGCCGAGAAGAUGCGUCUGGCUGAAGAAACCAAACUGAGGAACCAGAUGUCUGCAAAGAGAGCGAAAGCUGAGGCUGAACGCAAACACCAGGAGCGUCUGGCUCAGCUCGCCAAAGAGGACGCUGAGAGGGAGAAGAAGGAGAAGGAGGAGGCUCGGAGGAAGAAGGAGAUGGUCGAGCAGAUGGAGAAGGCCCGCACGGAGCCUGUCAAUGACUCCGACAUGGUGGACAAGAUGUUCGGCUUCCUGGGGACCACCAGUUCUUUCCCGGGUCAGGAAGGGCAAGCCCCCGCUGGCUUUGAGGAUCUGGAGCGGACCCAUCACGAGCUGGAGGAGGAGGAUCUGGAUGAGGCUCUUCCUCUGCCUGAGGACGAUGAUGAAGAGGAUUUAUCAGAGUACAAGUUCGCCAAGUUUGCUGCCACCUACUUCCAGGGCACCACCACGCACACCUACGCCCGACGACCUCUCAAACAGCCGCUGCUCUUCCACGACGAUGAGGGGGACCAGCUGGCUGCUCUGGCGGUGUGGAUCACGGUGCUGAGGUUCAUGGGCGAUCUCCCGGAGCCAAAGUACCACACGGCCAUCAGCGACGGCAGCGAGAAGAUCCCCGUCAUGACCAAAAUCUACGAGACGCUGGGGAAAAAGACGUACAAGCGAGAGCUGCAGGCGCUGCAAGGGGAGGGAGAGACGCCUCACUCUGACAGCCACAAGAAGAACAGUGUCCGACACAAACUUGUGUCCCUCACCCUGAAGAAGAAAUCCAAGAUCACCGAGGAGGUCACCAAGCGCCUUAACGACGGUGAGUACGGUCUUCAUGGCAACAGCAUGCUGGAAGAUCGUCCCACAUCCAACCUGGAGAAACUUCACUUUAUCAUCGGCAACGGGAUCCUGAGGCCAGGACUCAGGGAUGAGAUCUACUGUCAGAUCUGUAAGCAGCUGAGUCAGAACCCGUCUAAGAGUUCUCACGCUCGCGGCUGGAUCCUCAUCUCUUUGUGUGUCGGCUGCUUCGCUCCAUCAGACAAAUUUGUGAAGUAUCUGAGGAACUUCAUCAGCUGCGGGCCUCCAGGCUACGCUCCAUACUGUGAAGAACGUCUAAGACGAACUUUUGUGAAUGGGACGCGAACGCAGCCUCCGUCCUGGCUGGAGCUGCAGGCCACCAAAUCAAAGAAGCCCAUCAUGUUGCCGGUGACGUUCAUGGAUGGCACGACCAAAACGCUGCUGACAGACUCGGCCACCACAGCAAAGGAGCUCUGCAGCGCCCUGUCCGACAAGAUCAACCUGCGAGACCGCUUUGGCUUCUCUCUGUACAUCGCGUUGUUUGACAAGGUCUCCUCUUUAGGCAGCGGGAGCGACCAUGUGAUGGACGCCGUGUCGCAGUGCGAGCAGUACGCCAAAGAGCAGGGAGCUCAGGAGAGGAACGCCCCCUGGCGGCUGUUCUUCAGGAAAGAAAUCUUUACCCCGUGGCACGAGCCAACAGAAGACCAGGUCGCCACCAACCUGAUCUACCAGCAAACCGUCAGGGGCGUCAAGUUUGGAGAAUACCGCUGUGACAGGGAUGACCUCGCAGAGCUGGCCUCUCAGCAGUAUUACAUUGACUACGGUUCAGAGAUCCUCCUGGAGCGCCUGCUGAGCCUCAUCCCGUCUUACAUCCCGGACAGAGAGAUCACCACCUCCAGAUCGGUGGAGAAGUGGGCUCACUUCAUCAUGGCUGCUCAUAAAAAGAGCAUCUACACCCAGAAGAGAUUUGACCCUCAGAAGGUGAAGGAGGAAGUGGUCGACUUUGCUCGCCACAAGUGGCCUCUGCUGUUCUCUCGUUUCUACGAAGCCUUCAAGUUUUCAGGUCCCAGUCUGCCUAAAAACGACCUCAUCGUCGCCGUCAACUGGACGGGAGUUUAUUUUGUAGAUGAGCAGGAACAGGUCCUCUUAGAGCUCUCCUUCCCAGAAAUCACUGCAGUUUCCAGCAGCAGGGGAGGAAAGCUGCAGGGUCAGAGUUUCACUUUAGCGACCAUCAAAGGAGACGAGUACACCUUCACCUCCAACAAUGCAGAGGACAUACGGGACCUGGUGGUGACCUUCCUGGAGGGUCUGAGGAAGAGGUCAAAGUUUGUGGUCGCUCUGCAGGACAACCCCAACCCCACUGGAGAGGAGUCGACGUUCCUGAGCUUCCGGAAAGGAGACCUGAUCCUGUUGGACCAGGAGACCGGCGAGCAGGUCCUCAACUCUGGCUGGGCACACGGUGUUAACGAACGAACCAAUCAGAAGGGAGACUUCCCAGCGGACUGCGUCUACGUCCUGCCCACCAUGACCCGACCUCAGCAGGACAUAGUGGCGCUGGUCACCAUGACGCCCGAGCAGCGUCAGGAGUCGGUUCGUGUUUCGCAGGUCGUCAUGGUGGAAACUGAUGACAGAACGAAACCCUACACGCUGGAGGAGUUCUCCUACGACUACUUCAGGCCUCCUCCCAAACACACCCUGAGCCGGGUGAUGGUCACGAAGAAUCGCGGGAAAGACAAGCUGUGGAGCUGCACCCGAGAGCCGCUGAAACAGCCGCUGCUGAAGAAGGUCGUCAGCCACGAGGAGCUGGCUCAGGACGCCUGCAUGUCUUUUAUAGCUAUCAUGAAGUACAUGGGCGACUACCCGUCCAAACGAACUCGCUCGGUGAACGAGCUGACGGACCAGAUCUUUGAAGGGGCGCUGAAGGCCGAACCACUGAAGGAUGAGAUCUACUGUCAGAUCAUCAAACAGCUCACAGACAAUCACGUCAAGUACAGUGAGGAGAAAGGCUGGGAGCUGCUGUGGUUGUGCACUGGGUUGUUUCCUCCCAGUAACGUGCUGUUGCCGCACAUCCAGCGCUACCUCCAGUCCAAGAAGCACCACCCGCUGUCUGGAGACUGCAUGCAGAGGGUGCACAAAGCGCUACGAAAUGGAUCCAGGAAGUACCCUCCUCAUUUGGUGGAAGUGGAGGCCAUCCAACAUAAAACGACCCAAAUCUUCCAUAAAGUCUACUUCCCCGACGACACAGACGAGGCCUUCGAGGUGGAGUCAAGCACCAAGGCGAAGGAUUUCUGUCAGAACAUUUCCACCAGACUGCUGCUCAAAUCUCCCGAAGGCUUCAGCCUCUUCGUCAAGAUCUCGGACAAGGUGAUCAGUGUACCUGAGGGAGAUUUCUUCUUUGACUUCGUCAGACAUUUAACGGACUGGAUCAAGAAAUCUCGGCCGGCUAAAGACGGAAUCGUUCCCUCUCUGACCUAUCAGGUGUUCUUCAUGAAGAAGCUGUGGACUAACACGGUUCCAGGGAAGGACUCCUUCGCUGACUCCAUCUUCCACUACUACCAGGAGCUGCCUAAAUACUUGCGUGGCUACCACAAAUGUUCACGAGAGGAGGUUUUCCAGCUCGCAGCGCUUAUCUAUCGCGUCAAGUUCGAAGAUGACAAAUCUCAUUUCCCCACAAUUCCCAAGAUGCUUCGGGAGCUGGUUCCCCAGGACCUCAUCCGCCAGAUGUCACCAGAUGACUGGAAGAGGUCUGUUGUUGCAUACUUCAACAAGCAGGCCGGGAAAUCGAGGGAAGAGGCCAAACUGAUGUUUCUGAAGGUCCUCUACAAAUGGCCGACCUUUGGCUCCGCCUUCUUUGAGGUUAAGCAAACCACAGAGCCCAACUACCCGGAGAUCCUGCUGAUCGCCAUCAACAAGCAUGGAGUCAGUCUCAUUGACCCCAAGUCAAAGGACAUCCUGACCACUCACCCCUUCACCAAGAUCUCCAACUGGAGCAGCGGGAACACCUAUUUCCACAUCACCAUCGGCAACCUGGUCAGAGGAAGCAAACUGCUGUGCGAGACAUCACUGGGCUACAAGAUGGAUGACCUGCUGACCUCCUACAUCAGCCAAAUGUUGACCACCAUGAACAAGCACCGGUCAGGGCGGGGCCACAGCAAGUGAACUUCUUACUGGCAGGAGGCCACUGAGCUCAUCCGCCUCUUACGUCCUAUUGGCCAGCACUGCAGCUGGGGGCGGACCUUUACCAGCCACCUUUGGAGGAUGAGCCGCAGUCCUUCUGCUAGCUCAGAAGGGUCAAAGUUCACCUGGGAGAGUUCGAAUGCUAGCGGCAGCAGCGACCCCGGCGAAGGCCCCAGCAACAAUUACCACUACAGCUAUGAUGAAGACGAGCCGUCCAGUGAGGAUGACUACCUCUGAACUGUCCUUUCUGACUGCGUCACCUUAAGACGCUGUCAUCGUCAGGUUUGAGCCUUAAGUACACACUGCAGUGACCCUGAACAUGACCCUGUAUUAGCACUUUAUGCUAACCUGACUUCUAAUUGAGCAUUUUUACAUAUUAGCAUAGCAACACGCUAAUGCGCCAGACUGCUGUAAGGGGAUAUUUGACUGUUAACAGGGUUUGUGCAGGUUUUAGAGAGCAUUAAUAAAGCCUCUUACUUUUGCCCGAUGUUUACGAUAUCACGUGUUUCAGAUGUCACACCUGUGGGGACCCCCUGCCUCAUUAUAAGCUCAUCAAAUCCAUCCAUUAAAGUUCACUUGUACAUGUUUAGGUCAAACUAAUGUCAAACUUUACAUGUUUUAAUACAUACACAGAUAAUAAAUUAUUUUAGGCCAUUUCUUGCUGAUUCCUUUUGUUUCUUCAGCACUUUCACAAAUAAUUUGAUGAACUCUGCAGACAUCUAAAUUACCCCAGAAGGAGUUAAAAUGCACAGAAACAUUCAGCUGAGACAUGAGGCUGAAGAGUCAGAACUCAUCAAACUGAGGCUGAUUUUAAAAAGUAGCUCAGACUGUAGAAAAAGAUUAUCUCAGAUCACAAAAACCAUCCAGCCUGAGAGCGUAAAAACAGCGUAGUCUUUUAAAGACGUAUAUUUUCUCAUCUCUCACUGAGUAAAUGUUUGUUCUUUGAAUUACUCGAUCCGUCCAUCUUAUCCAGAUGAUUAAAUAGCAGUCGUUUCAUAUUGCAGCAUUAACAGGAACUUACAUUUCAGUAAAUUUAACAUCAAUGAUUUUCAAACUGAUAUUAGACUGUAUAUUAAUUAUUAAUAAAAGGGCUAAAAAGGUCGUUAGCUUCAUGUGUGUAAAUUAGAGCCUUACAGCAGAUUUAGUGAUUUUUGUUUUUUGAGCAUCUUGAAAUACUCAAAGUCAAAAAGUUUACGGCUUUUCUUUGAUACAACACUUCCUGGAAGUCAAGGUCAGACACAUUUGAGAUUUUAUGUUCAUGUGUACCGUCUGCUCUUAUUGGGUUCCAGUUCAUUUGUUUUUAGUAGUUCUUUCCCUGACCUUAGGUCCAAACUGAGAGGAGGCCAGAGGGGUGUACUACGAUGGCUUAGUGGGCCAUGUCGAGCUUAAAGUCAGAGUUUCCUCUGUCAUGAAAGUGGCUCUGUUUAACUGGCACAAUAACCUGGUCAGGAGCAGGUUUUGUGCUCAGAGUUAAGUCACUGACUCAUAUUUACAUCAUGCUUUAAGUGCAAUAUGAAUCCUCUGCUGUGGGAAUACGUUUGAUAUGCAACUUGUUAAGCUGCACUUUACUACCAUGACAAACUUACAGCAGCAUAAACUCUGCAUGGCAUUGACAUGUGAAUCUGCAUGUACUCAGCUGGUAAUGCAGGAAAUGUUUUUAUAAGUGCUCCUCAUUUACAGUUUAGUCUGCUUUACACUGCUGCAAUUGCAGCAUCUAGAACCCAGAACACACACUAAGAUUAUUCAAGUAUUUCACUGUUUAAAUGUGUCCAGUUUAAGGUUUCGGAGCUCUGAUGUGCAGCCGUCAGGUUAGAAAUAAUCAGCAGCGCAGAGUGCGCGCUUGGCUUGAAUAAAAAUAUUCAAAUUUGUACCACUAUUUUUAUCAUCUGUGACUUUAAAGUAGGUGUCACUCACGGGGAUCAUUUUCUGUGGAUAAAGUCACAUGACUUGACUUUGGUUUCAGGUUUUUCUUUGUCCAGCUGACACAAAGAAAACCUGGCUGUGGUGAACGUCCUUCGUAGCACAGCUCUGAGCUUAUUUAAAACUUUUCUGUUGUUUUUGUGACACUAAAUUGACCUGUAACAUGUUUUUAAUCUUUAGGUUAAUGACUUCAGUGUGUCACAGUUUAAUACAGGGGAUUAUUUUAAUACUCAUGGUUUAUGUUUACACUUUUUAUUUCUUUACAACUGUUCAGUUUUACAUUUUUGCCUGUAUUGCGUCAUUUCUGUGAGAGCUGCUGCUUCUUCCUGUAUGAGGCUUUUACAUUCUAGUUUGUAAAAAUGUUCUCAAAUGUCACUUGUUAGCUGGUUCCGGGGUUUUCAGCUGAAUCUCAGUUUUCCUAAUAUGGAUGAGUUCUAUCUUUUGAACUGGAAUUGACCUAAUCAGGAUCAAAGCCAAUACUGUCCUGAUGAGUAAUGUGGACCCUGAGUUAAAACAAACUACCAUCAGUCACGUCACUUUUUCCUGCCUUUAAAACAGGCUUGGUCAACUCCAGUCCUCGAGGGCCGGUGUCCUGCAGGUUUUAGAUCUCACUCUGGGUCUACACACCUGAAACAAAUGAUUAAUUCAUUACCAGGCCUCUGGAGAACUGCAAGACAUGUCGAGAAGGUAAUUUAACUAUUUAAAUCGGGUGUAUUGAAUCAAGGACACAUCUAAAACCUGCAGGCCACUGGCCCUUGAGACCUAGAGUUCCUCCGCCCCUGCUUUAAAGUAAACUUUGCCUACCUACUUGUGUAGGUCUUUAAAUCUUUAUUAUCCAGCGAAUGAGAAAUUUGGAUGUUACGUAGCCCUUAUAGCAAGGGGGAUAUAAAAAUAUAGAAGGAAGACACAAAGUAAAUGUCCUCUCCUGCUAAGACAUGCUGUUAAAAACGCUGAUAUUUUCACUGUUACAUAAAUCUUAAAUACACACUUUGACCUGUAAAGGUCGCCAUUACUCUGGUUAUACGCCACGGCAAUCAUCAUCAUUUUUUAUGUUUACGAGGUACAAAGAAAAACCACACUUGCUGAUUUCUGUUGGAACUCCCAGUUAAAGUAAAAUAAGAGUACAUUUGGAAAUUGCAAACUAUGGAUAUUAAGUUCGAGUUCCCUUUUAAUAAUAUUAAAGGUUUUAGAUGCAAAAUCCAUUUAGACCUGUACUCAGGUUAAAUUGUACUUGAAUACCUAAGUAUUAGCAAAUCAUUACUGAGUAACUAUAGAUUAGCUCAUGAAAGUCCUAUUAAUGAGAACAACUAAUGAAUUUAACAGAAGCAAACGCGUAGCUCCAUAUCAAGGCUGAGCUCCUGGAAAUGUACAGCGACUCAGCAUCUGUACCUGCAAGAACAGUGAACAGUGAAACUAAGUCAGAUAUCAAUUAAAAAUACUACAAUAAAGGUCUCACGGUUCAGUUUUUGACUUUCGUUUGUGUAAUAAAUUUAUGUCGAAGCUGCUGGUGUCUCAGACUUGAGUGUCCGGUGGCGUCGGUCUGGUGGUGCAGGGGCUCGGUGUGAGUUGUUAGGUUUGAUAUUUGAACCUAAACUAUGAUCCACUAAAUCUAACUGAACAGAAGGUAAAGGUAAUAAAAAUGAUCUGCAUGUUUAUCAUAAAGUUGCAACAAACCUAUCCACAAUCAGUAAACACUGUUGAUAGUUAAUUAACCUUUUUAUAGUUAUUUGCUCUGAAUUUACAAUUUAUUAAGGUUUACAUGAUAAUUGUGUUUUUGUUGUGUUUGAAAUUCCAGCCUGGUUCCUUUUUUAAACCUCAUUACGUCGACCUGUUGAACCCUUCAUUCUUCUGGUAACCAGCUCUGGGCUUUUGUCUGUAUAAUAAACUGGUGUUUGUAACUGUGCCAAUCAGCCCAUUUGAUACAUUCACGUUUGAAGUUUUUGCCUUUUGUGUUUCUGUUUUCAGAGUAUUAGUCUGUGUUUUGACUGAUUGUGUAACUCAUCAUCCUGACUUCCUGUAGUGUUUCUGUAACGUGUGCUCUCACUUUUGUACAAAGCACUCAGUAAAUCUGGAUUCAACUUAAUUAAUUUCACUACUGUAAUAUUCAAAACAAGUAUGAUCAGUCAAACGUCUGAAAUACUAAAAGAUUAAAAUGUCUUACUAAAGUUGGA